CGCAUGAAUAAACACUGAUACAAAAAUUAAUCCAAAAGCUCCAAGUCUGUUUUGUUCCCUGUUUUGGCCUCAUUUGUCAUAAUUACCGGUUGCACAACGCUUAUCAAGUUGACAAUGCUACUAAGAGGGAAACAAACGUAAAAGGGGAUUAAUGGUACACCGAUCAACAAUGUUACAAUGUAUUGGUGCAACUUUAAAGGAAGUUGUUGAAGUAAGUGGAAGUCCACUCCAUGAAUCAGAACUAUGGGCAGUACUUAGAUCUGUGGCAAAGGUUCUAAUUCAAACCAAUGUAACAGCCAAAUUUUCCGAUCCAAGCCAUUUUAUUUUAUCGCCACAAAAAGUUAUUUUGUUACCAUUUGGUCAAGUUGCAUUUAAUUUUGAAAUCACUGAUGAUGAAUUUACAACAAACCAACUACUCAGUUAUUCUGAUGGGAAUGUGUACGAUAGCUCACUUCAGGUUCACAGCCUUGGCUUGACCAUGCUUUGGUGUGCAGAGUACAACCUACCCCCCAACAACCCACUUACAAUUUCAAAUGAUCUGCAAGAAGUCUUGUUAUCUAUGUGCACCCCUAGUGAUUAUACACUGGAGCAAGUUCAUGCAGUUUGUUGCAACCGAGAUGAUGUCAAUUUCUCAAAUGAUCUCCUUGUUGUUUCAAAGUUGUGUUCUUCCAUACUGGGCAACAUGCCUGAGCUUAACAGUCUCGCUGCUUCAAACAUGUUUAACAUGGAAACUUCACCAAAACCCAACAAACAUCGAUUCCAACAUAGCUUCUCAAUCAGCAGCAGCAAUCAAACAAAGGCAAGCAUUGGGCAAGAGUCGUGUUUGCUUGGAAAGAAAUAUAUUAUUCCUUCCCCUCCACAAAAUGAUCCCAGACUCCCUAGUAACCCAGUGUCUGUUGACAACUCAGAAAGCAGUUCAUUAAUGGCUGAGUACAACGAUGAGAACUCAGUUGCUUCUCAACCCAUUAAUCCACGUUUAUUCCUCAAUGCUGUCAAACCAAGACAUGGAAUUCUUAAAACUAACACGCCGAUAAAAAGAUUGCAUCAAAAUAAGGGCAAUACAAGUGCGUUCACUGCAGAAGUGAUUAUAUCUUUUGUUGAUCGUACAAAGAUAGCUUUCCCUAUAAGCGAAGUCUCUGGUGUGAGGGUAGAAAGUGUGAUCCAACUUUUACUUAAACAUCUCAUGCCAGAUGCUAACCCUGACUAUUUUGCCUUGGCAACUUUUCAAGAUUCCGAAUACAGAUUCCUGGAGACCAACAUUGUUCUUUCUAAAGCUGUAACAGAAGCGGAACUCAAAGAAACUUUGUUUUUGAGGAUUUUAUAUUUUCCUCUGGACCUAAAUACAGUAAAUGGGGCGAUUAUCAGAGCAACAUACAUGCAGUUACGUGACGAUGUUAUUAGUGAACGAGUUGUAUGCACACACGAUGAUGCAUUGUCCAUAGCAGCCCUGGCAUUACAAUGCGAAAUAGGAGAUUACAAAACGGAUUACGGAUUAAACUACUUCGUUGUUGAUGAUUUUGUCCCAAACCGAGUGACAUCGCAACUUGGUAUUUCUUAUAUUCGUUCCGAACUACCUGCUCUCCAUCGCCAGCUAGCGGGCAUCGGGGAGCCAGAAGCCAGAAGUUUGUUUCUUCGGAGAUGCCAACAAUUUGAUGAGUAUGGAAUGCACUUCUAUAAAGCAUAUCGGUUGAAAUCCUGCAAGGAUACCAGCUUAACAUGGAUGGGAGCUGGUCCGCAUGGAAUCACAAUAUUUGAUAUCAAAGGAAAUGAUGUCAGAAUAAAACGUCAUGUUCUUAAAUGGGAUGAGAUGAAGAACAUGCAUUAUAAGAGUCAUAAAAUCAUUCUCACCAAAUUGAGUCCUCACGUGAGGUUUAAAUUUUACCAACAACACAACUCCAGGGCCAAGUAUAUAGUUCAUUUGGUUGGGAAGCUUCAUCAGUUCUAUGGCUCAAUGCAAACUUCCAAUCAAUUUUCAUCAUUGGCGUUAUUCGAUGACAUCACGCGUCUCUCGUCGAAUUUAAACUUGAGCUCGCUCAGCCGCGCAACUGAAGAUUCAAGCAGUGAGAUGGAGACUACAGAGUCGUCCUUGCGCGACAGUCGUCAGUGGACUUAUAAAAACCCGAAAAAUUUUGUCCGAAAUGAUCAUGUGAUCCGUCGUCGGUCUAGCGCGUCGCUUUCUUCACCAAGCGGGGAAUUCUUUGCUAGUAAUCCGGUUCCACCAGAAAGAAGGGUAUCUCGCGCAAACACGGCUGCGAGCAGAUUCUCGUUCCAAAAACAAAUUGAUUCCCCAAUGCUUCGCCACGCUGCAGAGCAUAUUAUUAAAGCCACACCAGUUGACACAUCCACUCCAAACAAAGGAGCAAUAGUUUCAACUGGAAGAGGGCAGUUUAGUGUGCAGAUUCGCAAAGUUCGUGGCAGUUUUGGAUUUACAAUUGCUGGUGGUAGUCGAAGUCAGUCAAGCAUAACCAUGAAUGAUGAUGUCAUCAUAAGAGAACUUGUAGAAGGAGGACCUGCUAUUUCUAUGGGCACGGUUGCCGUUGGUGACAGACUCAUCGCCAUCAAUAAUGUUUCACUACAAGGUGUAACACAUGAGGAAGCUGUUACCGCAUUACGAAACGCACCAAGUAUGUCAACAUUACUUAUUGAAAGAUAUUCACAACUGAAUUCACAUCAGUUAGAAAACAAUAAAAACUGUAUUGAAGAUAUUUCCAGAGAAGAACACGAAGUGUUGGACAGUGCAGUCCACGCAACAGCUGUCAACUUUUAUAGAAAAUCAUUGAGUUAUGAUUUGAAACGAAAUAGUGUUCGUGGAGCAGCUGAUGGAUUGAGUGAUUUAUCCCAUCAUGAAUAUGAAGUGGUUGAUGUACAUAAAAAUCCAGAUGCCUUAUCCCCAGAUGUAACUCAAGCACCUCAAGGAAAGAGUGAUUCUGUUAACAGCUACUAUACUGAUAGCACGGAAUCAUUCUGAAGGAAUCCACCAUGAAUGCAGUUUCCCCAUACUGAGCUGCUGGUUCUACUUUAUUAAUCAAACACCUUCAAGUUCCUUUAUCAGAAUCUGUACUUGUGACAAUCCUUAUGCAAACACGUUAUUUUUAUUUGUACUAUUUUGUAUGCACUAAAAUAUACUGUUUUCUCACAGUAUAUGUUGUUUCUGGUACACACUGUUUAAAUUCACUAAUUACUUACUUUAAAUCUGUGUUUCUCAACCCAAAAGUGGUCUACCAUUUGAUUCUGUUGGAUAGGCUACAAUAAUUUUGUAAAGGGAGUUUGGUCGCUAAAAUUUUAGGCCUUUUAUUUUGGUUGCCAUUUAAAAGGGUGAGAAGCAUUGGUUUAAAUGAACUAACUUUAGCACUAAUUGAUUUCAUAUAUUUUUUGAUCCACAAAAUUAACCAAGCACAUGCUGCACAACACACGAUUUUUUAUCACAAUGCUGUGUUUUUAUUUCACAUUUUUUGUAUUGUUUUCUUCAUAUUGCUUUCAAAGGCGAUAUCACACACAUUUCACUUGUUGCACUGUGCUCUCUGAGUGUAUUUUUGUUUUGGGUGAAUUUUGUGAAAUUAAAAGUAUUAUAUCUAAA